CGACGCCAUCGGGCCAGGCCGAAAAACCUCCAAUGUUAGUGGGCCGACUUGACUCGGAAGUUAAACUAAUAUGAAGACAUUUUUUCUUCCCACCGUUGUCGGCCAAUUCUCGCCCCAGAGUAGGAAUUUAUUUAAAUGCGACUGCCGUUCCAAUUAUCGACGAGUCAAUUGGUCUUACACUUUUUGUCUUUUCAACAUUUGCGCCACCAACUUAACGGGCGACUGUCAUCAUGAGCCAUACAGAGCCUAAAAGCGCUGCGGCGCCUGAAUCCCCUGUGGAUCAAGAGAAAGGUGUCAACAACAGUCCUCCAGCUUUUGUCGCUGAGCCGAGAAAUGAUGAUGCUAUCUUGGGUGAUGAAGAGGCGGAGAUUAUUGACUACAAGACAUUAACAUGGUGGCAAGGCGGUAUCGUCCUCAUCGCAGAAACAGUAUCCCUCGGCAUCCUCUCCCUCCCCUCCGUCCUCGCCGCCGUCGGUCUCGUCCCCGGCAUAGUCCUCAUUCUCGUAAUGGGCUUCCUCUCCACAUACUCCGGUCUCGUGCUCGCUGAAUUCCGCGCGCAAUACCCCUUUGUCCAAAACUUUGGCGACGCCGUCGAGGUCAUUGGAAAGUCCAUCGGAAUGGGACGUGUUUUCCAGGAGGUUUUCGGUUGGGCGCAGGUCAUUUUCCAGGUCUUUGUCAUGGGAAGCCAUCUUCUCACUUGGACUAUUUGCCUGAACACUCUGACGAAUAGUUCGACUUGCACUAUUGUCUGGGCUGUUGUGGGCUUGGCGGUUUUCUGGGUUCUUAACUUGCCGCGUACGCUGAAGUACACGAGUUAUAUGUCCAUGGCAUCAUGCAUGUCGAUUACGCUGGCUGUUCUCAUUACGGUUGGAGAUGUUGCGCAUGAGCGACCUAUUGGCUCUGGAAGCAUCCAGGUUGCUCGUGAGCUUGGUUUCACCGGCGCUUUCUUGGCUGUCACCAACAUUGCCAUUUCUUUCUCCAGCCACUCUUGCUUCUUCACUGUCAUCUCUGAGUUCAAGAAGCCUGAGGACUGGCCCAAGGCUCUGGCGUUUCUCCAGAUCGUCGACACUACGCUUUACCUACUUGCCGCUAUUGUCAUCUAUGUCUUUGUCGGACCGGAUGUUCCUUCACCUGCUCUUUCUGCCGCUGGCUCUGCUACCAUGCGAAAGGUCAUCUGGGGUAUCGCCAUCCCCACCAUCGUCAUUGCUGGUGUCAUUUACGGCCAUGUCGCUUCAGCCUACAUCUUCCAGCGAAUCUUCCGCAACACGAAGCACAUGGUCCGCCGAACAAAGCUAUCUACCAUGGUCUGGUUCGGUGUAACCUUAGGUAUCUGGGCUCUCUCCAUGGUCAUUGCCGAGUCUAUCCCUGUGUUCAACAACCUUCUUGGUCUUAUCUGCGCCCUCUUCGCCUCAUGGUUCUCUUAUGGACUGCCCGGUAUCUUCUGGCUCUGGAUGCACUACGGAAACUGGUUCAAGGAUGGAAAGCAGACUUGCCGAUUCGUGGCCAACGUUAUUCUCCUCCUUACUGGUUUCCUCAUCUGUGUCCUUGGACUUUGGGCUUCCAUUGAGGCCAUCGCUGAGGGAGGAAGCAAAACUCCUUGGUCUUGUGCCAGCAAUGCUGCAGAAUAGACAAUUUCAGUUUUGAGUAAUGACGAUAGACAUAAUAUGAAUAAUACCCAUUUUUGUUUUCAAUAAUAAUCCUGUUCAACUGCAAAGUCUGUUAUUGAUAUACUUGGCUUUCCUAGUGCUAUAUGAUGCUAAUGCCCCUGACCACUACCCAGCACCUAAGCCUUGAUGGAACCCUCUGAGCUUGGAGCCACAACCGUUGUUCUCUGGCGAAUGUUUCCAGCUUCGUCAUGCUCUUCGUCCCAUCGAGGAAGAUCAGCAUAGGGAACUCUGACCAGUCGGUGGGUGUUGGCUCCGUUGUCAUCGACAUUGGUGAUCUCGGUGCGAAUAGCAUAACCCUUCCACUUGGGCAACAGGAACAUCCAAACAACGUAGUAAAGGGCGCAAACAAGGACACUAAAGAUGGCUGUCAGUAAAGUGGAAGACAUUCAUAUUCUCAGGCAAUACUCACAUUGCAAUACCGACAACACAGUAUGUCGCAUACCAGAAGCUUACAUCACCAGCAUAUGGGCCGCCCUUGGGAGGGUACCAAGGCAUGACGAGGAUGAAGACCUGGACGAGGAUGUAGAAGAUGACAGGAGGAUGCCAGGCUUUGAAGUCAGAGCGACCAAUACCGGCCUUUGACCGGCGGCGGCGGAUAACAUAGAGACCAACGACCAUGGCAAACCUGAACAUCGCAUCAGGGUACGUGCCCAGACUAACAACUAUGAGACGGAUCAGCAUCAGAAAACUUCAAGUGGGGUCGAGCUACUAACCGAAAGUGAAGGCAUCGCCUGCCGAGGGUGCAACAAUCAUGAUGAAAGUCAACACCCACUUGAGGAUAUAAGGACCAAGCGGUGUACCAAAAGGCUUAGUCGAGACCCAGAAGUUGGUAUAAGGCAAAACACCCUGUCGACCAAUCUCACGAAGCAUACGUGCAGAUCCAAUCAACACAGCAAGAAGGUUACCAAAGGCACUCAGCAGUACAAGAAAGUUGAGGACAUUGGCAGCAGACUUGCUAUCACCAAAGAGCUUGGAGAAGAAGACGGAUGCAGCAAUCUCACUAGCCUCGGCGAACUCCUCCUUGGGAACGACAGCGAAGUAGGCGAUGUUGCAGAGCAUAUACAACACAGCGACGACCGUAAGCGACACAGCACCGUUUCGCUUGAGCGUGGGGAUGGGAUUUUGAAUCUCGUUGACGACGUUGAAGGCGUUCCAGUAUCCAGCGUAUGAGAAGACGAUACUGACGAGGGCACUGGCUAGAUCGUUGCCGUUGGGGGUUGCACCUGCGAAGGCGUCGCGGAAGUUGUGGCCUGGGUCGGGAAUGCGCUUGACGUUGCCACCUAGGACGACGAAUCCUGCGAUGCUGAUGCUGUGUGAUGUGUUAGGGGUGAAGGGUAUGGAGGGAUGGGAGGGCUUACAAGACUAGAGUGAGGAUCUUCAGGGCGCCGAUGAAGUUGACCAGCCAGAGGGAGUACUUGUUAUGCGCGAUAACAAAGAUGACAGCAAGGGUAUAAGCUGCAAUGGCGACACCUCGCAUCUGCCAUUCGGAGGGGGUAUCGCCGGUCAUUCGCCAAAGGUACUUGGACAGAACUAUAUAUGGUCAGAACGCGCAAGCUUAAAGAUGAAAGAUGAAAGCAACUCACCGACGGCAUUGCUACUGCUGAAGGACAGAAUGACCGACUGGACAGCAAAGGUAACGGGGAAGAAGUGCUUAGGCCGAGGAUACGCCUGCUCAAGAUACACAACCUCAGAGCCACUGCGGUUAGGAAAGUAACUCGCCAAUUCCAGAUAAACACUGAAACCAGAAGCAGCCAUGAUGAAGCCAAUGAACCAGAUGAUCAGCGCUAGACCGACAGACCCAGCACGGUUAAGAAUACUCGAAGCUGUACCUUAUUAGUCUCAACUCCUUCCAUACAAGUAGAAUACUUAUAUGAGUAGGGUACGUACGCGUAGAAAAGAUACCAGUUCCAAUCAUCAUAUUCACGUUCAGAAAGAUAACCGUAAGCCAAC